AUGUCUGUGGAGAAGUUGCAGGAAUGGAGACAGCGGAUGCACAGAGCUCACAGUGUGGUCGACUUCUGGCUGAAAUACUCUCAUGACACCGUCCAUGGAGGCUUCUUCACGUGCCUCGGGAAGGACGGGAAGGUAUACGAUGACCUGAAGUACGUCUGGCUGCAGGGGAGACAGGUGUGGAUGUAUUGUCGCCCUCUACAGAACCUGGCGUUCCGCAGGCCUGAAAUUCUGGAAGCAGCAAAAGCGGGUGGAUCCUUCCUCAGAAAGUUUGCUCGUGUGUCCGGCAGCAGCAGCAGCAGCGGUCAGUGGAAAUGUGCCUUCUGUUUAACCAGAGAUGGUAAAGCGGUGAAAGUUCAGAGAACGAUAUUCAGUGAGUGUUUCUACAUCCUGGCCAUGGACGAGCUGAGCAGAGUCACUGGUGACAAGGACAUGCAGCGCGAGGCCGAACAGAUGAUGGAGCAGCUGAUCUUCUGGGUUCGGGAGGACUCGUCAGGUCUGGGCCGGCCGCAGCUCCCUGGAGACGUUCCCACCAACAGCAUGGCGGUUCCCAUGAUGCUGUUGUGUCUGGUGCAGCAGCUGACUGAAGGCCAGGUGGAGGAGGUGGUGCAGAAGUACAGAGAGCUGGGAAGCUGGUGUGUGGAACAGAUUCUACAACACGUCCAGAGAGACGGCACGGCUAUUUUAGAGAACGUAUCAGUGGAGGGAAAAGAGCUGCCAGGCUGCCAGGGCCGGCAGCAGAACCCAGGACACGCUCUGGAGGCAGGCUGGUUCCUGCUGCAGUUCAGUGCAGAGCGAGGGGACAUGAAGCUCCAGCAGACCGCCAUUAACAAGUUUGUGGAGCUUCCUUAUCAGGCCGGCUGGGAUAAAGAGCACGGAGGCCUCUUCUACUUCCUCGACGUGGAUGGUCACUGCCCCACACAGCUGGAGUGGAGCAUGAAGCUGUGGUGGCCUCACUGUGAAGCUCUCAUUGCCUUCCUGAUGGCCUACAGUCAAACCAAGAGACCAGAGCUGCUCCAGAGAUUCUCUCAAGUUUAUGAAUACACAUUUAGCCAUUUUCCUGAUGCUGAAGGAGGCGAGUGGUUCGGCUAUUUGACACAAGAGGGGAAGGUAGCUCUGGAUAUGAAAGGAGGGCCGUUCAAAGGGCUCUUCCACGUUCCUCGCUGCCUGUACAUGUGUGAGCGUCUCUUGGAUGAUCUGCUGGUUAAGCCCUGAGAACAUCACGGAUGUUAUAAAACAGGGAUUAAAACUGCUCCAGGUUACAGAGUCAGGUCAGAAAGCAGAAUUGCACUAAUGACCAAACAUACAGGAGCCCUCAGUGGACAGGCAUCCCUUCAAUUUCCUGUGAUUAACAAGUAAUUUCCGGUUAUUUUUCUCAAGGGCUCCACUUAUUUUCUGAUUAUCUGGGAAUAACGAAGCUUACUUUUUUGUGCUAAAGAAAUAAAGAGAAAAAACAA